AUGGUGAUUGAGGAAUGGAAAAAAUGUGGCAUUGCCACAAAAUUUCCCACCUAUCGGAAUUCGAAAUUUGUCACCGUGGAUAGUUGGUUGAAUGGCAAACGCCAAGACGAUGAGGCCGAAGGUCUGUGGCGCAUCAAUGAUGUUAUUUAUGAUUUUACCGAUUUCAUUGAUAAACAUCCGGGUGGUUCAUUUUGGAUAAGAGAAACUCGUGGUACGGAUAUAACCGAAGCAUUUGAGGCACAUCAUUUGACCACAGCUCCCAGUAAAAUGAUUGAAAAAUAUAAAGUUCGUGAUGCUAACAAGCCGAGGAUUUAUACUCUGACAAUGCAUGAGAAUGGGUUUUAUAAAACCCUCAAACGGCGGGUCAUGGAGAAAUUGAAAACCAUUGAUAAUACGCCGAAGGAGAGGAGUGAUCUCAUUCACUUGGGUUUACUUGUGUCGAUUUUCAUAUUUGCCAUUGCCAGUGCUCGACUUAAUUCCUUAUUGUGUUUAGCCCUGGCCGGCACCGCCCUGGUAUGGACCAUCAUUACGGCACAUAACUACUUUCAUCGUCGUGAUAAUUGGCGUAUGUACACCUUCAAUUUGUGUAUGCUGAACUUCUGUUCGUGGCGUGUAUCGCAUGCCAUGUCACAUCACAUCUAUCCGAAUUCAUAUAUGGACUUGGAGCUAUCAAUGUUCGAGCCCCUACUAUGUUGGAUACCAAAUCCGCACAUAAAAAGUUUACUAAUGCGUUAUGUAUCCUGGAUAACAGAACCAUUUGCCUAUACGAUAGCUUUCUUUUUGCAAAUGCUCACAAGAAUUGUUUAUUCCCUGCGGAAUACAAACAUCAUGUAUUGGCAUGAUUUGAUACCUUUGACAAUACCCCUUACCAUUUAUUUGGGUUCAGAUUGGCCCCUGUGGAUGUGUCUGCGCCAAUGGUUGUAUAUGACAGCAAUUGCCAGUUUUGCUUUUUGUGUCAUUGGGUUAAAUGCUGCCCAUCAUGAUCCGGAAAUUUAUCAUGAAGGUGAUACCAAUCGUGAAGAUCGUGAUUGGGGCCUGUUUCAGGUGGAUACGAUUAUUGAUCGUGGUGAUUUGAAGAAAUCACAAUUUUUAGUUUUAACCCAUUUUGGUGAUCAUGCCCUGCAUCAUUUAUUCCCCACUUUGGAUCAUGGUAUAUUGCCACAGUUGUAUCCAAUUUUAUAUCAAACGCUAGAUGAGUUUAAGGGCGAGCUACGGGAGUGUAAUCAUAUUGAACAUAUAAUUGGUCAACAUAAACAGUUGCUGAGAAUUAAACCGAAUUUGAAGGCACCAGGAUCGAAGUAG